AUGUCGUUCGAUAUAAACUGGGAUAAGAUAAGUGGGGAUCCCCAUAUUAACCAGCACAUCAAAGAGUUUCUAAACUUGCAACUGGAGUCCAUUGAGCUACCGAGCUAUGUGAGUAACAUUAAGAUGAUCGAUUUCAAACUAGGUGGAAUUCCCCCUACAAUUACUUUAAAACAGAUAGGCGACCCUUUGGACGAAUUCUACCAGGCAAUUAUAGAUGAGGGUUCUCCAAUGGGUGAUAAAAACACUGAUAUACAAUUCUUGGUGGAACUGGAUUAUAAGGGCGAUAUGCUUAUGGAGGUAAGUGCAGAGCUCCUAUUGAACUAUCCAAGCCCAAAGUUCAUGAGAUUACCUGUAAAACUAUCAAUAAGUGAUAUUGGUAUGCAUUGUCUGUGUAUCGUUGCAUACCUGCAAAAGCAGCUAUUCGUUAGUUUUCUUUGUGAUAUUAGUGACCCAAUUUUAGACAACGAAGAGUCCUUGAUGGACAAUAACGGACCUACCUUUGGUUUAAAAGGUUUGGAACGUAUCUCAUUGAUCAGAAGCAUUCAAAUAAAGACUGCCAUUGGGCAGCAAGGUCUUGGAGAGGGCGCUAUUUUAAGAAACGUUGGCAAAUUAGAACAAUUCUUAACUGAUAUAUUCAAGAAUAUGAUACGGAAAGAAGCUGCAUGGCCUAGCUGGAUUAAUUUUGAUUUUAAUGAUGAGGAGGAAGACGAUAUUUAUGAUUAA